UUUCGCCAAAACUCCAGCUGAGCGAGCAUUCGAAGAGAGAGAGAGAGAAAGAGAUGGGAGUGGAGGAUAUGGCCCUGUUCUUUCCCAGCUGGUAUUUAGCUCGUCGCUUGCAGUUAUGUACAUACUCAUUAAAGCUGCCUUUGAGCAUGGCAUGAAUCGCUACGUGUUCGUAACUUAUAGGCAGGCUGCGGCCACUGUCGCCAUUGCGCCUGUUGCAUUUUUCUUAGACAGGCAAAGAAUGCCCCCCUUUGACAUCAAGGCUUUGUUUCACAUAUUCAUGCUGGCGCUCUUAGGGAUCACACUAGAACAGGUCCUUUAUUUCUCGGGCUUUGAAUACACCACUUCAACUUAUGCAGCCACCAUAACAAAUCUUAUCCCUGCAAUAGCCUUUGUCAUGGCCUGUCUCCUAAGAUUGGAGAACGUGAAUAUCAAGAGCCCAAGGGGCCAAGCGAAGGUCAUUGGCACCAUUAUAUGCGUUGGAGGUGCUAUGAUCAUGACAUUUGUCAAAGGUCCUAUCCUUGAAUUCUUUCAUUACCUCAUGACAUCGAAAUCUCUUUCUGAUAUUUUGGGUGCCAAAUCACUGGUUGAUACCAAGGACAACUUGACCUUGGGCAUAAUUUUGCUCAUAAUUAGUGUUACUGCUUAUUCUGCAUGGAUAAGUUACCAGGCUUGGGUUUUCAAGGAUUGCCCUGCUCAACUCGUCUUGACUGCACUCAUGUUGCUCAUGGGUACGGUCCAGUGCAGUGUGAUCGCUGUUAGCUUUGAAAGAUCUGCGGCGGCUUGGAGACUAGCCUGGAAUUACAGACUUCUAACAUAUAUCUACAGCGGUGUUUUUUGCUCGGCUAUAGGUUUCUUUAUUCAAAGCUGGUGUAUCAACAAGAGAGGCCCCAUCUUUGCUGCUGCUUUCUACCCUUUAAGCUCAGUUAUAACUGCUAUUUUGGAGCCUAUCUUUCUCCAUGUUGAUCUCUACGUUGGGAGUGCUGUAGGAAUGGCUGUGAUAAUUGUUGGGCUUUAUGUUGUUCUCUGGGGAAAAGCCCAAGAUUCGAAGGGCGGCCGCACCAAGAUAUUACACAACCAAAUGGGAGAUGAGUUCUUUUCCAAUAGAGAAGGAGGGGAAAGACAGGAGAAAGUAGUAGAGAUGCCCAAAGCAGAGAACCCAAAUGAACCAAGGUAAUGCUAUAGUGAGUGCCAUGAACACAUGCAUGCGACAAACUAAGAAAACCCAAGGUGGAGACAAUUACACAUCAUGUGCCCAAGGAAUUAUUUCUCUCUAUGAUGUGGAUGGCCCUUGUAUUUUAACAAAAAGAAUGUCAUCGAGUUUAAUUGUUGUGAUUAAGCAAUCUCGCCAAAUGCAGUAGAAAGCCUCACCAAAUUUAGCCGAAAGUUUGAAAGGCUCAAAGAAAGUGACAGCCAUUUUUCCUAUUUUAAUAUUUUUCUGUGAGCAAAAUAUGUAUUAUCAAAUAAAUCAACACAAUAUGUAAUCCUGCAAAAAAUUAUUGGAGGCAUGUUCUCGAGAAAGGACCCUGAGUAAAACAAUUCACUCUAUUCAUUGGGAAAUUUACACGAUCGAGUUGCUUUUGUAUGGCCUUUUAAUUGGGAAUGUGAUUUUAAACAGGGCUUUUUUAUGGUUCAA